AUGGCGACUUCAGCCGACCCUACCUUAAACGCCGUAUCAUCCUCCCCCGCCGCUCCUACCCCUGCGCCCGCUUCGGAUCCGUCAGCCGCAAAGAUGGAACAGCAGCAACCCGCCUCUCAACCAUCCCAACCGCAAGGCCAGAAGGCCCCGAAACCCGCAAAGCCCGCCAAGCAACAACAACAACAACAACAACAACAACAACAACAACAACAACAACCGAAAGACAAAGACAGCCCCGCCGAUGCAGCACCAGGAGCCGAAGGGCUCUCACCCGCGGAGCUGAAGAAGAAGGCUAAGGCCGAAAAGGCCGCCCGUCGGGCCCGCGAAAAGGCAGACCGCGAGGGCGGCGGCGGCGGCGCACCAGGCGGACAAGGCCCGGGAACACCGGCUGGGAAGAAGGGUGGUGCUGAUGCUGGAGGUGCGGCCGCCGGACCAGGCGCUAAAGGACCGAAGGGCUCUGCUCCUAGACGAGGAUCUGCGCCGAAUGUGCCCCAGGGAGAGAGCAAGAAGAAGCAGGAGGAUAAGAAUGUUGCUGUUUUUGGACAUCUUUAUGGACAGCAACGGCGGGCUACAGUUGCGGGUGUUGGGAAGGAAGUGCAUCCCGCUGUGUUGGCGUUGGGGUUGCAGCUGAGGGACUAUGUGGUUUGUGGAAGCAGUGCGAGAUGUGUUGCGACGUUGUUGGCUUUCAAGAGGGUAAUUGAAGCUUAUACGACACCUAUGGGGACAUCCCUUGCCCGUCACUUGACCACCCAUCUAUCUCAUCAGAUUACCUACCUCUCUACAUGCCGCCCCCUCUCCAUUAGCCAGGGAAAUGCCAUUCGAGCCCUCAAGCUGGAAAUUGCCUCCAUCGACCCGUCAGUUCCCGAAGCGCAGGCCAAGACGACAUUGUGCGAGUUCAUUGACAGUUUUAUUCGCGAGAAAAUCACUGUUGCGGACCAGGUCAUUGCUGGCAGUGCAGCACAGAAGAUUAAAGAUGGUGAUGUUGUUGUCACAUUUGCGGGCAGCUCCAUCGUGAAACAGACUCUUCUCACUGCGUUCAAGCAGGGCAAGAAAUUCCGCGUCUCCAUCAUCGACUCCCGCCCGCUUUUCGAGGGUAAGAACUUGGCGAGAACACUGGCCAACGCCGGUCUAGAGGUGCAAUAUUCUCUCAUGAACGGCAUCAGCCAUGCGGUCAAGGACGCAACGAAGGUCUUCCUCGGCGCCCACGCCAUGACCAGUAACGGACGGCUGUAUUCGCGCGUCGGCACGGCGCUGGUCGCCAUGUCGGCCAAAGAGCGUGCCGGAGGUGUUGAAAUCCCCGUCAUCGUAUGCUGCGAGACAGUCAAAUUCACAGACCGCGUCGCCCUGGACAGCAUUGUCGUCAACGAGAUUGCCGAUGCCGAUGAGCUGGUCCUGACACAGCCACCAACCCAAUUGACGGACCUGCCAGACCCUGCUGCGGUUGCGCAGCCAGAACCAAAGAAGGGAGGCAAGGCCGCUGCCUCCAACCCCAGCCCAUCUGAGUCCACUCCUGCAUCAAAAACUAACACAUCCGCACUCGCUGACUGGAGGGACACGCCCAACCUGCAACUAUUGAACCUCUUAUACGACGCCACGCCCGCCGAAUACGUUGACAUGGUGGUGACCGAGAUGGGUAGUCUGCCGCCGAGCGCUGUUCCCAUCGUGCACCGAAUGAGUACGAAUAUGUAG